UAUCUUUUAUGGGAAAAAUUUGUCUGAACCACUAGGUGUAGCGUAUGCCUACUCAGAAAAAAUUCCUUUCUUUUUUUCUCUCUCCUCUAAAAAAUGAUAAAUAAUUAUCUAUGAGGGGCGUAAGGUAGCUCGGUUGGUGGCUUAGAGAACCCUUGCCUUUUUUUUUUUUUUUUUUUUAAUUAUUAUUAAAAUUACACCAGGGAAAGUUAUACCAAAAUCAAAUCCAACCCUUAUCCCUUUCUAUUGUGAAUAGCCUCCAACUGGAUGGAUCUUUUCUGAUUUUUCUCUUUGUGAUAACCUCUACUUAUUUGUGGGGGUAGCAGCACAACAAAACAAAUGAAAGAAGAAAAAGAUGGUCCAUAUACAAGGGUAGUAAGCUUGGGAUGGUUCCAGUCAUCCAAUAGAGCUCAAACUUACAGAACCAAGGACAAACUACAAAAAUGAAUUGGCACAAUCCAAUGUCUUACUCUCCCAAUUGGUGCAGUUACCAUCAGCUGGGCAAUGGAAUCCAGGCUACAUCAUCAACCUUUCCUUUUCUUGACAAAAACAUACACCAAAGGCAGUUUCUAUUUGAAACCUUGACAAACAUAUCUAUCCUAUGCAUCAGAGGGAAAAAAAUCACUCUUUUUCAAGUUGAAUUGUAAAGAAGGGAUGCCUUGAGAAUGGAUAUCCUUCACCAAAAGCUACUUUGAUUUUUUUGACUUCUGAUCGAUCAGCCAUGAUCAUGCUUGUCACUUUAUUUCCCUUCUCUUAUUCCUUUUCUGAUCGGCUUUGGAUAUCCUAACCUCACACACACAUGCACUUCAUCUCAAUUAUAGAUGGCCAUCCAUUCCAAAGCAAAUUCCCUUUGUCCAACCAAAAACACUUUUCCUAACCUCUCUCUCUCUCUCUCUGGGGUGUGCAUGAAUUUUUGUGUGUCUGAAGAAGAUUCCUUGCAUGACCCACACCUUUAACCUUUCAAAUAUUCCCUACUUCCAUGUACAAAUGAAAACCCAGAAGCCAAUUCUUCAUUUGCGCACUACCAUCCUUCCAAUUUUGUACAAGAAACCGCUAUCUUCUUCUCCUCUUUCUCCCUACAUUUCUCUUCCUCACCCAUGGUUCCUGAGUUGGAGAAGCCUCGAAUCACAGAGAUACAAGUCCGGAUGGACUGUAAUGGGUGUAUACAGAAGAUCAAAAAGGCCUUGCACGGCAUUAACGGGAUAUAUGAUCUCUAUAUCGAUUACCCCCAGCAAAAAUUGACCGUAGUUGGCUGGGCUGAUCCUGAAAAGAUUGUCAAGGCUAUCAAGAAGACAAGAAAGAGUGCCACAAUCUGUGCCCACAGAGAACCAAGUGAGCCCCCAUCUCAGCCAUCAGAACCAGCACCACCUGAAGGUGGUGGACAACCAGCCCCUGAUGCCACAAAACCUCCACCUGCAGAAUCCCCACCCAAUGAAACAGUUCCACCGCCAGAGCCACCCAAAGACCUGCCACCACCUGAAAAUCCAGCACCUGAGACAACACCAUCAUCUGUAGCUGCUGACACUGCUGCACCCUUGCAAAUUCACAACCAUAGUCCGAAAGACUUUGAAGAUGUCCACAUAAUUCAUCACCAUCCACAUGACUAUGGCUAUGGGUACAGCAAUGGUGGGCAUUGGAACAACUAUCCUACUGGACAUGGUUUCCGACUUGAGCCACCCGUUUAUGUCACUCACAGCUACAACACCUGCAAACCAUCCACUUCCACUUCUGAAACACACAGCUACAAUACCCAUAAGCCAUCUCCUUCCAUUUCUGAAUAUGAGUACAUCCGGUCACCUCCUCGACACAACCGUUACAGUCAGACGGAGCACUACAGUGAAGAUUACCAUAACCAUGGUAACAGUGAUGGGAACAACAUCACUUCAAUGUUUAGUGAUGAGAAUCCAAAUGCAUGUAGAAUAGUCUAGAGGGAUAAAAAGAGAAACUAGUAUGAAAAGGGCUAUCUCUCUUUUCCCUACUAAAGAGAGUCCUAGCUAGAAAAUUAAUGGUGGAUUAUUAGUGAAGUAAUCCAUAGUAUUGAUGGGUCUGAUUUCUAAUGAGAACUUUUUUGAUAAGCAUUUGAUAAUGUUGAAACAAGAAUGAGAUUCUUAGAUUGUAAAUGCAGGAAGAAUUGAUCCUGUAUUCCACUACAAAGGAAGGUUAGAUAUCCUGCCUGGUGCUCAUUUAUUCCAAGAGAAUCCUAUAAGGUACAUUAUUCUAUGACUUCAUUCCAUCACCUUCUGUUUUCUGCUGAUCUGUCCUUAUUUUAAAUUAUCAGUAUCAUUGUGGAACUGCUGCACUUCAAAAGGAGAAAAAAAUUGAAUAAUAAUAGACUAUAGAUAGCUUUUCUAACAA